GAAAUAUGGGAUGUAUAAAAUCAAAAAGGAAAAACAAUCUGAAUGACGAAGGAGUAGAUUUGAAGACCCAACCAGUACGUAAUACUGACCGAACUAUUUAUGUGAGAGAUCCAACGUCCAGUAAACAGCAAAGGCCCGUCCCAGAAUCUCAGCUUUUGCCAGGACAGAGGUUUCAAACUAAAGAUCCAGAGGAGCAAGGAGACAUUGUGAUAGCCUUGUACCCCUAUGAUGGCAUCCAUCCAGAUGACUUAUCCUUCAAAAAAGGGGAAAAGAUGAAAGUCCUGGAGGAGCAUGGAGAGUGGUGGAAAGCGAAAUCUCUUUCAACCAAGAGAGAAGGCUUCAUCCCCAGCAACUAUGUAGCUAAAGUCAAUACCUUGGAGACAGAAGAGUGGUUUUUUAAGGAUAUCACAAGGAAAGAUGCUGAAAGACAGCUUCUGGCCCCAGGAAACAGCGUGGGGGCCUUUCUCAUCAGAGAAAGUGAGACACUGAAAGGAAGCUUCUCUCUAUCUGUCAGGGAUUAUGACCCUGUGCAGGGCGAUGUGAUUAAGCACUACAAAAUCCGAAGUCUGGACAAUGGGGGUUACUAUAUCUCUCCACGAAUCACCUUCCCCUGCAUCAGUGACAUGAUUAAGCAUUAUCAGAAGCAGUCGGAUGGCCUGUGCAGAAGACUGGAGAAGGCGUGCAUCAGUCCCAAACCACAGAAACCAUGGGAUAAAGACGCCUGGGAAAUCCCGCGGGAGUCCAUUAAGUUGAUGAAGAGGCUGGGUGCGGGCCAGUUUGGAGAGGUCUGGAUGGGUUACUACAAUAACAGCACUAAGGUGGCCGUGAAGACCCUGAAGCCUGGCACCAUGUCUGUGCAGGCCUUCAUGGAGGAGGCCAACCUCAUGAAGACUCUGCAGCAUGACAAGCUGGUGCGGCUCUAUGCCGUGGUCACCAAGGAGGAGCCCAUCUACAUCAUCACUGAGUACAUGGCCAAAGGCAGUUUACUGGACUUCCUGAAGAGUGAUGAAGGUGGCAAAAUCCUGCUUCCAAAGUUAAUUGACUUUUCUGCUCAGAUUGCAGAAGGAAUGGCAUACAUCGAGAGGAAGAGCUACAUCCACCGGGACCUGCGAGCAGCCAAUGUCCUGGUGUCUGAGGCCCUGAUGUGCAAAAUUGCCGACUUUGGCCUAGCGCGUGUGAUCGAGGACAAUGAGUACACUGCCCGGGAAGGUGCUAAAUUUCCUAUUAAGUGGACAGCUCCAGAGGCCAUCAACUUUGGGUGUUUCACGAUUAAGUCUGACGUGUGGUCCUUUGGGAUUCUCCUGUAUGAAAUUGUCACCUAUGGGAAAAUCCCUUACCCAGGGAGAACCAACGCCGACGUGAUGACUGCCCUGUCUCAGGGCUACCGGAUGCCCCGGAUGGAGAACUGCCCCGAUGAGCUCUAUGACAUCAUGAAGAUGUGCUGGAAGGAGAAGGCUGAGGAGAGGCCCACAUUCGAUUACCUGCAGAGUGUCCUGGAUGACUUCUACACGGCCACAGAGGGGCAGUAUCAGCAGCAGCCAUAGUGCAUGGGGAGCC